CAGACAAACAGAUAAACCAUUGCAAUUUAUUCUACAACGAUCGUUUACUGAGGUUAAUCUAUCGAGUGUAGCUGAAAUUAGAAGUUGUGUUUUUUUUCGGGAUCGGUUUUCGUUUCGGUGAAAUUUCAAUGUGAUGUGAACUCUUUUCUUUCUGUCUAGUACUUUUUAUGGUGCUCCAAGGUAACCAACCGAGCGCAGCGCACGUCCGAGGAGACAAACGUGAGCCUGUUACACUGGGAGUUCAAAGUGUUUCAGUUAUCGUUCAGCCGUCCAUGAUCACUGCCGCCGUGACGAGACGACCCGUGGUCUGUUGGAUGUAUUAUGGUACGAAGUGAGAAGCAGAGAGUUUGAGUUGAACUUUCGCGCUGUCACAUUAAAUUCAACAAGUGUAGUAACCAGCCGAUACUGAAUGAAUUGGGCUUCACAUUGGCAAGUGAAACUACGAAACAGAAACAACACAAUACGGUUUUAAUUUUACUUCCACACACCAUUUCCCCGGCGAUAGAGAGUGCAUUUAUGUGUGGGAAUUAGCGGAACACGGCCGAAUUAGUGAAUCAGGCGUGAGGCGUUGUGUAUUAUAUCUGUGCGGGGAGGAAAAGUGAUUCAUAUAGUCUCAGUCAAUGGCAGACAGGCGCAGUGCAGCGUAUAGUGUAAAUGUAAAGUAUCCAUAACCUAAAAAUAAAGAACGGCCAAUUCGGAAGAGCGAAAAAAAAAAUAACGUCAUCGGUGACGGUCAUCGACAACAGCAGUAGUGAGUGUGCGGCAUAAAAGGAGUAAAUAACAACAUCGCGAUGGCACUGCAUCAGAAUAGCCAUGAAGUCGGCGUGCAAGAUUUUGUACUGCUCGAUGUGGUUACCAUGGAUAAUUUCAUGGACAACUUGAGGAAAAGAUUUCAAGCGGGAAAAAUCUACACAUACAUCGGCGAAGUAUGCAUUUCAAUGAACCCCUACCGGGAGAUGAACAUCUACGGUCCGGAGCAGGUCAGCCGGUACAAGGGCCGAGAGUUGUUCGAAAACUCACCGCACAUAUUCGCCAUUGCCGACGCGGCCUAUCGGGUGCUGAAGCAGCGCAACCAAGACACCUGUAUUAUGAUUUCCGGCGAGUCUGGAGCUGGCAAAACGGAGGCGUCCAAAAUUAUCAUGAAGUACAUCGCGGCUGUGACCAACCAGAACAAACAGAACGACAUUGAACGAGUUAAAAAUGUUCUCAUCCAGAGUAAUGCCAUCCUGGAGUGCUUCGGUAAUGCAAAAACGAAUCGCAACGAUAACAGCAGCCGUUUCGGUAAAUAUAUGGACAUUGAGUUCGACUACAAAGGCGAUCCAGUGGGUGGUGUCAUAACAAACUAUUUGCUGGAAAAAUCCCGAGUCAUCCAGCAACAAACCGGAGAACGCAAUUUUCACUGCUUCUAUCAGCUGUUACGCGGUGCGUCCGACGCGGAACUCAGACAGUAUCAACUGCAGCGAGAUCCGAACCAGUAUCACUACACAAACCAAGGUAGCGUUGAAGUGCUGUCCGAAAAGACCGAUUACCGGGCGACCUCCGGUGGUUUGAAGGCACUUGGAUUCUCCAGCGACGAACUUUCCAUGGUUUGGCGAACCGUAGCUUCGGUGCUACAUCUCGGCAAUAUUGAUUUUAAAACCCAAGAUGACCAAAUCCAGAUAGCGAACCGCAAGCAGCUUUCCGCCGUUGCUAAGUUGUUGCAUGUUACCGAAGAUGAGAUGAUUCGUUCGCUGACGGAGCGUGUGAUUGCGGCUCGGGGAGAAAUUAUGACCAAAACACAUGACAUCGUGCAAGCUGAAUACGGACGGGAUGCACUGGCCAAGGCCAUCUACGAUCGGCUGUUCACUUGGAUUAUCGAUCGUAUCAAUAAAGCUAUUCUGGUGCCUGGUUCGAACACGCAGAAGCGUUACAAUCGCGUAAUCGGAGUGUUGGACAUUUACGGAUUUGAGAUAUUCGAUCAGAACAGUUUUGAACAGUUCUGUAUCAACUAUUGCAAUGAGAAACUGCAGCAAUUGUUUAUCGAACUGGUCUUGAAACAGGAGCAAGAGGAAUACCGGAGGGAGGGUAUCGAGUGGACGAAUAUAGAAUACUUUAACAAUCAGAUAAUUUGCGAAUUAGUGGAGCAGCAGCACAAAGGUGUCAUCUCCAUCAUGGACGAAGCCUGCCUGAACGUGGGUAAAAUUACUGACGAAAUGCUACUGGAUGCGAUGGAUAAGAAGCUGUCACAUCAUCCGCAUUACAGUAGCCGCCAGUUAAAGCCGAUGGAUAAGGAACUGAAGCAUCGACAAGACUUUAGAAUUACCCACUACGCAGGCGAUGUUAUUUAUUGCAUCAAUGGUUUUAUAGAGAAAAACCGGGAUACGCUUUUCCAAGAUUUCAAGCGACUACUGUACCACUCCAAUGAUCGUUUAAUCAGUUCUAUGUGGCCAGAGGGCGCUCAGGACAUUUCCAAGACUACAAAACGACCAUUGACUGCAGGCACAUUGUUCCAGCGGUCGAUGUCGGAUCUAGUAGCUACGCUACUGAAGAAGGAGCCGUUCUACGUACGAUGUAUUAAGCCCAACGACAUCAAGAGUGCUUCCGUAUUCGACGACGUUAGAGUAGAACAUCAAGUUCGUUAUUUGGGACUGCUGGAAAACGUUAGAGUUCGUCGUGCUGGUUUCGUCCACCGUCAACGCUACGAUAAGUUCCUGCUGCGGUACAAAAUGAUAUCCCAGUAUACAUGGCCAAACUUCCGUGCGGGCUCCGAUCGAGAUGGCGUUAAGGUCCUGCUGAACGAAAAGAACUUUAGCCAUGAUGUCAAGUAUGGCAAAACGAAAAUUUUUAUCCGUUCACCGCAGACCCUGUUUUCACUAGAGAAACAACGUAAUGAAAUGAUUCCGCACAUUGUGACUCUGCUUCAAAAACAAGUCCGUGGUUGGAUUUGCCGACAACAGUACAAGAAGAUGAAGGCUGCCAUCAUUAUUAUGCGUCAUUAUCGAAAGUACAAACUCAAGAGCUACGUGCAAGAUUUAGCGGUGCGCUUCCGAAACGCUCGUCAACUACGAGACUAUGGCAAAGGAAUUCAAUGGCCUCAGCCACCACUAGUGGGUCGAGAAGCGGAAAAGCAACUGCGGAUGCUAUUUUCUCGAUGGCGUGCCAGUAUGAUUCUGCGGAAAUAUCCCCGAGAAGAGUGGCCUCAGUUGCGGCUGCAGAUUAUCGCCGCCAGUGCGUUCCGCAAACGGCGCAAAUUUUGGGGCCACGAUCAUCGUUGGUUGGGUAACUACUUGUCGAUAACAGCAGAAAACUCCAACUACUCUUCGUACAACGCCAGUAUUAAUAACAUUAAGAACGCCGACAACUUCCGGGCGGUACUGUUUUCGGCUUUCGUGAAAAAGUUCAACAAGUGCAACAAAUCGGCUGACCGGGCGAUUAUCGUUACCGACGGUGCCAUUUACAAGCUGGACGGCGCUAACAAUAAAUUUCGCAAUAUGAAGCGAACUGUAUCCAUCAGAGAGAUCACAUCGAUCAGUGUGAGUCCUGGAAGGGAUCAGCUGGUAGUUUUUCACUCUCACCACAACAACGAUCUAGUGGUGGUGCUGCAGGGAGAGCACCAGCCACUGAAAGAAGAUCGCGUUGGGGAAAUUGUGGCCCACGUCUGCAAGCGCUACUAUGACUUAUGUAAUCAGGACCUGCCGGUUAACGUAUCGCCUACCAUUCAACUGUGUCUGGGUAAAAAAGUGCGAACUCUCAGCGUCGAAGCAGUGGCCGGUGUCGAGAUGCCUGCCUUCGAACAUUCCCGCGCUGUAAUCGUGCUGAAGGUUCCAUCCGCUUACGGCAGCGCUAUCUAGGGCGCACUUUAGCGUGUUUGUUCUGUUUGGCCAGAAAACGUACUAGAAGCCGUCAUCAUAAACUGUACUUACUUUGUUCUGUGGAUGCAAUCCACUUGAUUUUACCAGAAGUGCUUAAAAAGUUUAAUAGGUUAGUUAAUCUUAUUGACCAUUAAAUGCAAUUUAUCGGUGCGCCUUAUUUUUUACUCUGUUUAAGCCAGGUUAGUAUUUACUAUUGGUAAGAUGUAGGUAACUUAUCAAAAUCAAACAACUAGAUUCGUACUGAGUGCCAUUGUAUUAUAAUUCGUAUAUAAAAACGUGAGACAAAAAAAAAGAUCCGUAAUGUUUCAGGUGUGAUAAAUUUUAAACCAGAGCGUAUUGGCAGAGUACUACGAAAAAAGUGUUAGUCAUCGAGUUUUUUUAAUUUGCUUUUACACAUGCAUAUUAAUUAUUAUUCAUCGAUUUUAUAGAAAUAAAAUAUUCAGGUUAUAAAAGCAUUUAUAAUGUAUAAAACAUUUUUUGUGAAUAAAAAUUUGCAGAU